AAAGCCAAUCAAGAAGGAGGAGGAGGCUGUUGGUACUGGUUGCUCUCCGGGCUCCAAGUGCUGUGUUACGUAUGUCCACCAGGGGCCGCUGAAGCUACCUAAACUCCGAGCGCUAACCUGGCGAGGCCUCCGCGCGUGCUCACUGGGUGCUACGCGUGCCUCUGAAUCCCCUCCGCCAUUCUAGCUUUUGGCUGCCCCAAACCAAGCCUCUCUGUCUGAGUAGGGCAGCGCUUUGGGGACACAAAUAUUCCCUCUUCUUUGGGCUUCGCCUUGUACUUCUUCGUUCCCAGGCCAAGUCUGGGGUGGCAAGUAUUAGUGUCUCCAUUGCGCUGCUGCCCAGGAGAUAGAAGGCUGAGCCCCGCACAGAGUUCAGGCUGACUGGGUCCUGGGCCCAGCGAGAAGCUGCCGCUGCCCGGAUGUUGCGAUGGCUGAUCGGGGGAGGCCGAGAACCUCAGGGACUGGCCGAGAAAUCUCCCUUACAGACAAUAGGUGAAGAACAAACCCAGAAUCCCUACACUGAACUGCUUGUACUGAAAGCUCAUCAUGAUAUUGUACGGUUUCUGGUACAGUUAGAUGAAUACAGGUUUGCAUCUGCUGGUGAUGAUGGAAUUGUAGUUGUGUGGAAUGCCCAGACAGGAGAAAAACUUCUGGAACUUAAUGGGCACACUCAGAAGAUAACAGCCAUUAUUACAUUUCCUUCCUUGGAAGUUUGUGAAGAAAAGAAUCAACUGAUCUUGACAGCCUCUGCUGAUAGAACAGUUAUUGUAUGGGAUUGUGAUACUGGCAGACAAGUUCAGAAAGUAUCAUGCUUCCAGUCUACUGUAAAGUGCUUAAUUGUUCUUCAGAGACUAGAUAUUUGGCUCUCUGGUGGGAAUGACCUAUGUGUGUGGAACCGAAAAUUAGAUCUCCUAUGUAAAACCAGCCACCUUUCUGAUACAGGGAUCAGUGCUUUGAUUGAAAUACCUAAGAACUGUGUUGUGGCAGCAGUUGGCAAAGAACUGAUAAUUUUCAGGUUGGUAACACCAACAGGAGAAUCACUGGAAUGGGAUAUUCUUGAAAUUAAGCGCCUUCUUGAUCACCAGGAUAAUAUUCUCUCCUUGGUUAACAUCAAUGAUUUGAGUUUUGUAACUGGCUCCCAUGUUGGAGAAAUGAUCAUCUGGAAUAUUCUGGACUGGACAGUGCAGGCCCGUGAAUGCAACUUCUGGGACCCAUCUCCACAGCUGGACACCCAACAAGAAAUAAAACUCUGUCAAAAACCCAAUGACAUUUCUAUUCAUCACUUCACAUGGGAUGAAGAGAAUGUAUUUGCUGCCGUUGGAAGGGGUUUAUAUGUGUAUAACCUUCAAAUGAAGCGUGUGAUUGCUUGCCAGAAAACUGCCCAUGACUCCAGUGUCCUGCACAUUGCCAAACUUCCAAACAGGCAGUUAAUCUCAUGCUCGGAAGAUGGCAGUGUACGCAUUUGGGAGUUAAGAGAAAAACAGCAGCUUGCAGCUGAACCUGUACCAACAGGUUUUUUUAACAUGUGGGGAUUUGGAAGAGUAAACAAACAAGCCAGCCAACCUGUUAAAAAGCAACAGGAAAAUGCCACUCCGUGUUCUUUGGAGCUUAUUGGAGAUUUGAUUGGACACUCCUCAUCUGUGGAGAUGUUUCUGUACUUUGAAGAUCAUGGACUAGUGACUUGUUCUGCUGAUCAUCUCAUUAUUUUGUGGAAAAAUGGAGAAAGAGAAUCUGGAUUGCGCAGUUUAAAAUUAUUUCAAAAACUGGAGGAGAACGGUGACUUACAUCUUGCUGUGUAGUUGAAGGAAUUUGGAAUACUUGUACAUGAACCUUGAACAUCAAAUAUAGGUUUCCAGUGUUCUGCAUUCCAAUUCAGUCUCUGUUUAUACCUCUGAAAAAUGCAGCAUGGAGUAGAGGAUUUGAAAAGAAAAUGAAGCUAUUUUGUUUACGGAGUUUCUAAUAUUUACAAUACAUAGAGAACAGGUGGCCGGUAAAAGAGAAAGGAAAAUCUCAAGUCUGACUUGAUGGAGAUCACAGAAAGUUUUCAAAAGAGCUGUAUAAAAAUAUGCACUUGUGCUUUAGAAGCUUUUAGCAUACAAUUAAUAGCUUAAAAUAGUAUUUACUGCUUCCCCUUACGUCUGUUUUCUGAUAUAUUUACACACCUUGCAGUCUUUUCUGUUUUACAUCAUUAAAGCAAAAUGGCAAGGUCUCAAAUAUAGAUUAAAAACAUCUGAACCCUGAAACUUCCCCAUCCCUCCCCAAAUACAUUAUGUAUAGAUGGUACACUGCAUAACAUACUCCAUG